CCCUUGCCAAUCUGCCUUGCUAGAUUUGUUUUGAUCGGAGCUGCGUCAAGUGAAGUAGUCAUUGAGCCUAUUAACAGGCGCAUCGCUUCUUUUGCCCUGUCUGCAAGCCUCAUCUGAAGAUAUCCUAUAAACAGGUCCCAGUCCGUCCAGACUGUACACAGCGUGUCGGGCGAGGCGUAUAGAUAGUCAUUGCAGCGCCAGCCUUGCACGUCUGUCUGAUCUUAACCCUAAUUCUGCUUUUUCCCACCAUGCACCUGCGUACAGAUGACGAGUAUCUUGCCCACGUUCAAGUCUUUUUGAUGCCUGACCUGCGGUUUCCUGAAGGGUAGUAUGCCUUAUGGCGUUCUUGGAGAUCCUUCAUUGGUGUCGCUUGCAGGUUUCUUGUAGCCCCAGGGGUCGGGCGUAGAGCAGGGCUGCAAGGCAAUCAACGACAUCACACGCUCGUUUUGAGGAUAUAAUAAGCACAUUCCCUUCUUACAGCCGUCAACUGCUGCGUCUCUGUCCACCGUUCUACCUAAUCUUUUCCCUACUCCUCGAAUCGGUAGAUCUCCAGGCUAGUAUAGAUCUCUCAGCCAUGGAUCAAGCGGCGUUGCAAUUUGAAACGAACGCUGGAUCGUCUGGAAGGACGAGUUGCUCCAACGACAUCCGGAAAGAGUAAGUAACUUCCGGCCCAACUUAUCAACGCAUUUUCCUGGUACCAAACUGUCGAGUUCUGGAUCUCUGGUUAAGCACAAAUCAAUUUCGACAAAUCCUCACUUCCAUUCCAGGCGUUCUUGGAUGAUAUCGAGCUACUAUCGCUGGCCAAUAACCGGUCUAUAGGCUUUGGUGGGUCCCUUGACGACCCGAUAUUCGCGUCACCAGGCGCCAAUUCCAAAUCUUGGAAGUCGAACUUGGAUCAAUGAUUCCGAUUCAAUAUAUAUUGACCAUUACUCCGCGGUCGAAGAUCACCGCACCUUGAGUCCUCGAGGCUGGUCUACUUCGGUGCUUUCAAGCAAAACCAAGUAUGUAUCACGUCAUUUUGAUAUUCAGGCCAUGAUUUUUGGAAUAUUCCUUUUCAGACAUGAGUGAACAGUUUACCUAAGACUGUUUAUUGGUCGGCGUUCCAAUCGGAUAUCUACAACGUACAAUACUGCCACUGAUGUGGCGUCUGAUAUCCAAAUCUGGAAGUCAUUAUGACGAAAUCAUGCUAUUCGAAUCGCAUUGGACGGAGACAUGGAUCUCACAAACAACCUCUCAUUCUGUAAUCGCGGUGACUUGCAUUCGGGACUGAAUACUAACGUGUUUGGGUGGUUAGUGAAUCGCCAUGGGUAUCAAAGAACAAGUUUCCAGAAAUGACAUCUUUUGGAAUCGAAUAUGCGCCAAAUUUGCUAGGCGAAAAUCUCGACCCCCACGAGAUAGGCCUGCAAACUUUUUGGACCGAUGGAGAUGCAACAAACGAGCCUGUUGGAGAUCUAUGGGCUUUGCUUGGAACAAGCGACGGUACACAAAGCCUCGCUGAGCAUUGGUAUAAAUGUCUCCUGGACCUCCAAAAACGUUGCCUACGGCCAUAUAGCGCAUUUCUGGGAUCUGUCAGGGAACAAAUGGCCGGGUCGAAUUUGGCUGACUCAUAACAGGACGGAGCAGCUCUCGACGACUACCCUACAUCCCCAAUCGAGCAACGACAUGUCACCGGCGACACCCAGAACCUGUCAGUGGGCUGGCUGUCCCGACAAAAGAGUCUUUCGGCAAGAAUCUGCUUUUCGAAGGCAUAUGAAUAAACACGAAAGACCCUAUAAAUGCACUACAUCAAAUUGUAAGGCAAGAGAGUUCACAAAUCCGGGUGAUCUCAAGAGACAUCAACGUACCGUUCACUCAAAGGGCGCGUUCUUCUGCCCAAUUUCUUCCUGCAAACGGCAUGCAAGAGGUUUUGGAAGGAAGGAUAAUAGAGAUGAGCACUUGAAACGGGUACAUUCUCAAGACGUUCCACCGACUUCAGACUCACCGGAGAGUCAGACACCGGACAGUGAAGGAGAUAUUCGAGAAGCUGGUAUAUCAGUGACAGAUGAGAUCGUUCUUGGUGUGAGUGUAGAAGGGUUGCAGCGAAGAACUCCUUCGCUCACCGCCAGUAAGCUUCCAUGGGUUGCAAAAUUGCAAGAGCUCAAAGGUGCAAAAGCUGCUGCUAUUGCGAAGGUGAAUUCGAGAUUUGAUAAGGAUAUCGAAGCUCUGGAGCGUGUGCUGUCUCUUUCGUGAAUCUUGUCUUCUGAUUGCAUUUUAUGGCAGUGUAAACAAACUUAAGCGAGACAGACUCUAUCCAUCAAAAUGAAAGUAUUUUUCGCACCAUACCAUUACUACCUCCACAUCACGCCUCAUACCUCCCUCUAUGAUUCCAAAAGAAUGCCACAACGAUAAUAUUGUGUAACAGCUUCAAC